AUGCAUCAAAUGCAUUUCAUGAAUCACACAAAUAGUAGAGAUGAAGAAAAAAUCCCCCAAAAAACUUCCGACCUAGCCAACCUGGUCGAUAUUUCUGCAGGAAGCCAGAGAAAAGAACUACCAGGAACUAGCGGCCCGUGCCCUUCGUCUCACGGUGCAAUCCAAGACGAUCCUCCCAAGGACAACGAGGACGACGACUGUGGCUCGGUCUGCACUGAGAUUACACGGCGGCGAAACAUGUCAAGGUCGUCUGUGCGGGGACAAAGAGCCAGCAGAAUACGGCAGGCAUCACAUGUCCAAAAUCCGUCGGUAUUGUCGAGGGCUGUCAAGGCGAAUGGUUUUUUCUCCUUCGUUUUCCGCGCUGGCGCAUCCUCGGCGACACAAAUUGUGGUGAGGUCCGGUCAAGCGUACGUCGCAGAUUCGCACUUGGCUGUGUUGCCCCAGUUCACAAAAUGA